UUGGUUUUUUAAUUGGGUUUUGACUUUGUGUGUGUUUCUGUAGUGGUGAUAAUUUGGUGCAAGAGGCUCCUCUUCAAUGGCAAUGUCAACAAAGGAUACAAAAACGAGUCAGCCUGUUAAGCUAUGUGCAAGCUUACAAACACUCGUGUGUCUGACCCGUAACUUAACUCCUGAAAAAAAGACUCUGAUGAGCAACUCUGUUUUCAGAGGUUUCUUAGAAAUAGAAAAUGAUAGAGAAAGUUCUGCUACAUUGAUUUCCAGUUUCUGUGACAUUUAUGAACCGACAACAAAAGUUUUUGUGUUUAACAACUAUGUUUCCUUUUCUUUUUUGUGUUAAAGAGGUAGCGUAUGUUAUUGGUAUGGAAAAUACCAGAACUAGUAGUUUAGCAAUCUCUCAUCAAGGAAAAUUUCCUCAAUUUAUCUUUGACUUGAAAAAAGAGUUGAACUUGCCAGAAUCAAAAAAAUUAAAAACAUCAGAUGUUAAAACUAUUUUAGAACAAAUGGACAUAACAGACGAGCAAAGCAAAACAAAUUUCAAAAAACUUCUUUCUUUCUUUUUGAUUGAACUCAUUUUACUAUGCCCCCGAAUCCGAAAGUGCCGCGUUCAUCGUCUUGGGCAAUGGUAGAUAACUUAGACGCCUUAGGAAAUGUUAAUUGGCCGAAAGUUAUCUUUGAUAAUCUUCAUGCCUCAUUCGCGAAACUUAAGAAUUUGAAGGAUGCGCCGGGUAAGGUGCAACACUUCUUUAGCGGGUUCGCUCCAAUUUUUGAGGCAAUUGUAUUUAGUAGAAUACAAUCCUUAGCGCCAAUGCCAGACCUUGCUUUUAUCCAUCCUCCCAUCCAAAGCUACAAAAGUAAAAGGAUCGGUUGGAGGCUGUUGAAAAUGAUCGAAGCCUCAGAGAUAACGGCUUGUCCAUGGUGUGAACAUGGAGUAGAGGUUGAUACUGUGGUGGAUGACAUUUCGACUAAUGCUGUGGUGGAUGACAUUUCGGCUUCAGAUGCUGUGGUGGAUGACAGUUCGACUAAUGCUGUGGUGGAUGACAUUUCGGCUUCGGCUUCAGGGGAGCAGGAUUGUUCGGCGGACGGCAAUUUGGCUUCCGUGACGAAGGAGGGGUAUGAUAAGUUGGUGUUGGAUGUAGUCUCCCUGUCCAUUGGUGAUGCUUCGGCUUCUGCUGUGCCUCCACCUAUGAAGCAGAUACAAGAACCCCGAAGGAAGUCGGAAAGAAUCAAGAGACGACCUGCUAAUAUGCAGCAGCAGGUUGUUGGGGAUAGGGAUCUGAAUGAAGAACAACUUUUUAAUCAGCUGUUCAAAGCUAGACUUGGACAUCCUCCAUAUGACAAAUACGAAAGUUGGUAUGAUAUUGCCUUAUGGGAGGAAAUUGUGAAAGAAUUGGGAAGUCGUAGUCUAUUUCACAAUCCCACGAUAACCGACGUGUUGAAAGUUGUCAUCAAAUAUUAUAAGGAGUAUAAAAGUGACCCUGAAUUGAUUCAAAAGUGGUUGAGUCAUUCUCUCAGGCUCAAUAUUCGUCAUGUGUUUGACUCCUUUACUGACAAAUAUGGCUCUCUAACAUUUGAUGCCCUUGAAACAGUGCACUCUAGAGUUAGGCCGCAAAGUAGUCUGAGUGGUGAAAUCAUAGAGUACAAAAAUGAUGCCCAGGCGUUGGAAGAACUCCUUAAGGUUUGUGAGGAGAAGGCGAGAAGGAUACUUCCCUCCACAUCAGAUAGAAUGGGAAUUAGAGAGUAUAGGAAGGAGAGGGGUUUUGCGGGGCCUGUAGAGGGGUUUGACUGCUCUAGGAAUUACUGAUGAUGAGAAGGCUUGGUUACUCCAAAAAUUUAAUUCAGACUCUGUUGAAUAUUUAUCUUUGGCAAAUCAGCCUCUUCAAACAAGACUCAAUUUUUUUCGGAGAAUUCUUCAACAUGCUGAUAUUACUAUACAUGAAACCGAAUGUUCCAGCCACCAGUCCUCCACUGCUAAGUCUUCGAAGAUAACCAUGGACUGUACGAACCACCAUUAAGUAAAAUCUCAGAUGAUAAACAGGGAUUGCAUCCACAACCAGCAUGAAGAGGGAUAUCUAGUCCAAUUGAUUGAAGUUUCCUAAGUGUGGAUUUUCCCUUAGAUGCCUUUUGAAUAUGCAACUACCCAUAGAGGACAAAAACUCACAGUUUUAAGAUGGUAGUGGUUAAUGAGUGUGCUAUAUUAGCAAAAUAGUGUUUUCUAUUUCUAACUCUGUUGUUCUUUAUGUAUAUUUAUAUGUAUGAUAUAUGUAUUUGAAAUUUGAGGAGACAUUCUAUGAUACAUGGACUUGUGAUGUGAUAUGACAGUUCUAAGAAUGAGAGUUUCAUGAUAUAAGAAAAGGAAAGUGUUUUGUAUUUGUAUUGUUUAGAGAAUAACUAGAUUUCUUUGAUUGUCAUAGG